CUCAGCUCUCCUUUUGCUGGGCGCUGUUUUCAUCACAAACGAAACGCUUCCCUUCUUCAUGUAAUGAAACCAUUUCCUAUCUCACCUCUGGAAAGGACACCUAACUGGCACCAUGCCAGCCCCCUACUCUCCACCCGUCCGUAAUCCCCUCGAAUCCUUCGCGAGCACAGAUGACAGCCCCCCUCAACCAACACCAUCCCCGCGCUCCUCGCGCUCCUCGGACGCCCUACCCCUAAUAGAAGACGGUACCGAAGCCUACGAACUACAUCCUAUUUCCCCCGCCGGAAAUGCCCGCGAAGCAGACCACGAUGCCCUUCGCGUCCCGCACGCGGAGAACGCGAGCCUGCUACCUAGUCCACGGCGAUUCUCGAUAAGCUCGGUGCAGAGUUUUGAGCUUUAUACGCCGGAUGAGGAUCGGGCGGUGUUGAGGAAGCUGGACAGGAAGCUGGUGCUCUUUAUGGCAUUGCUUUAUUGUUUGAGCUUUUUAGAUCGGUCGAAUAUUGGCAAUGCUCGGAUAGCAGGGCUUGUUGAGGAUCUGAAUCUUAGCUCUGCUCAGUACGAGUGGCUGCUUUGGGCAUUUUAUAUAACGUACAUAACGUUUGAAUGGAUGACGCUCAUGUAUCGAAUAGUUCCACCUCACAUCUACAUCUCGAUCUGUAUACUAGCUUGGGGCAUAAUAGCGUCGGCACAAGCAGUCGCGACAUCUUUCAGCUUUCUCCUCUUCCUUCGAGCGCUCCUUGGUAUUGGCGAAGCAGCAUUCGGCCCGGGCGUCCCUUUCUACCUAUCCUUCUUCUUCCGGCGGCGUGAACUGGCAUUCAGAACCGGCCUUUUCAUUUCGGCGAGUCCGCUUUCGGCGUCUUUCGCGGGCGCUUUAGCAUGGCUAAUCACAAAAGUUGGCGAACAUGGACCACUUAGUCCGUGGAGGCUGUUAUUCCUGCUAGAAGGGUUCCCCAGCGUGCUGGUUGCUGUCUGGGCCUGGGAUUUCGUGCCGGAUGGCCCAGGCGUGGCGAAGUGGCUGACUCCCAGGCAAAGAGAGGUCGCGGUGCUACGGCUUAGGGCGGAAAAAGAAAACGAAGAGGAGGAGCAGAUCAGAGAGAAAUACGAGACCGGAACGGAAAGAAGGCGGGGCGUCAAUAUCCGUGAGGUGUUUCAGACACUUAAGGACCCCAAGUGCUACCUCACUGCCUUCAUGUUCUUUAGCUGCAAUGUCGCAUUCAGCUCCAUGCCCGUCUUUCUGCCCACCAUAAUACGCGACAUGGGUCACAAGUCAAUCACGGCCCAAGCAUUAUCUGCACCUCCUUACUUCUUCUCGUUCAUCAUAGUAUUAGUGACAGCAUACUUCUCCGACCGCCUUCAGUCGCGCUCAGCCUUCAUCAUCCUUCAUUCCAUCCUCGCCACCAUCGGUUACGGCACCAUAGCCAUCUCGGGCUACUAUCAAUCCCAGAAUACAACCAUCCGAUACCUCGCGCUCUAUCCCGCCGCCGCAGGCUUCUUCUCCGCCAUCACCAUCAUCAUAACCUGGACCAUCAACAAUCAAGAGAGCGAUAGCAAAAAGGGCACCGGUGUUGCUAUAAUGAAUGUGAUAGGGCAGAUGGGGCCGUUGGUGGGGACGAGUAUCUUCCCGAAAGAGGACGGGCCGUGGUAUGUCAGGGGUAUGGCGAUCUGCGCGGCUUUUAUGCUUUUGGUGGGAGUAUUGGCGGGGGUGCUGAGGGCGGUGUUGAAGAGGCAGAAUCGGAGGUUGGUGGAGGAGAAAGGGGGAGGCGAGUAUGCGGGAAUACCACUUGAGGAGGAGUUCGACAUGGAGAGCUCAAAAUCAAAGGCCGAGAUGAACGAACGGCCAAGCUCCAAAGCCGGCUCCCAAGAAAAGUACGAGGAGUCAGAAAAGUCGUCAAUCGCCAACGGCACCCAAGAGAUUACAGCCAAGAAUGAUGUCACUACUAUCGACUUCAAGCCCGAGGCUGACGUGGAAAAGGCCCCGGGGAUGCCGCAUGAGGAUCCUGCUGUCCCAGUCUCGUUUCAGAGGUCAUCAAGUCCAGCAGCCAUGCAAAAGAAUAAAGCUGCUGUGAUGCACAAGUUCUCACUGUACGAAACGAGCUCCCGGUAUUACCUCGUGGGAGCGGACAAUAUGGACAAGCACUACCGGGUCUUGAAAAUUGAUCUAUACGACAAGCGAGAGAUGAAUCAGCUUCUCAAUGCUAUCGACGACGGCAACAAGGGAACCGGAGGCAUGAAGCUCAAGUGCAGCACCUGGGGCUUGUUGGGUUUCAUCAGAUUCACCGAAGCUUACUACAUGCUUCUCAUCACGAAAAGGGCCCAGGUCGCUAUGCUAGGCGGCCACUACAUCUACCAGGUCGACGGGACUGAGCUGAUACCGCUCACGACUGGCGCUACAUCUCGAUUCCAAAAGGAUCGAAACCCGGACGAAGCCAAGUUUCUCACAAUUCUCAAUAGCCUGGACCUGACACGAUUUUUCUACUUCAGCUACUCAUACAACAUCACCAGAAACCUCCAGGAAAACAUCAUUCGCGAGAGGACAGCGCUGAAUGAAGGCCGGGAGCACCCGAACCGCGACUACCAGGACAUCGACGUUCUCAAGAAUUCAUCGCUCGAUGUAUUCGGGCGCAGACGCGGAACAAACGAUCUAGGCUACGUAGCCAAUGAUGUAGAAACCGAGCAGAUCGUUUCCGAGGCGCUCACCACCUCAUUCCAUGCGCCUGGGCCGCGACUGUACGCGAAUCCAACUAUUCCACUUUAUUGGACGCAGGAUAACACUGGGGUUACUCCCAAACCGGACAUCGACCUGAACUUGCCAGAUCCUUUCUUCAGCGCCGCGGCGCUCCACUUCGACAAUCUCUUCGAGAGAUACGGGGCUCCGGUAUACGUAAUCAAUUUGAUUAAGCAGCGAGAACGGACGCCGCGAGAAUCGAAACUCCUUCACGAGUAUAAGCGCGCACUUGAUUAUCUCAACCAGUCGUUGCCGAAGGACAAGAAGAUCCUUUACGAGGCGUUCGAUAUGGCUCGGGCUUCCAAGACGCGGGGUGGGGACGUUAUAGGCACUCUAGAGCAGAUUGCAGAGAAAGUACUUCGAAAGACUGGGUUCUUCCAUAACGGCGAUCACGAAUUGGACUCACCACAGGUUCAAAACGGAGUGGCGAGGACGAACUGCAUUGACUGCCUCGAUCGAACAAACGCCGCCCAAUUCGUUAUUGCAAAGCGAGCGCUCGGACGACAGCUCCAAGCUCUGGGUAUCAUUGCAGGAAACACGGUGGAUUAUGAUACGGACUGCGUCGAUAUCUUCACUCAAAUGUUCCACGGCCAUGGAGACGCAAUAGCUAUGCAAUACGGAGGCUCCCACCUGGUCAACACAAUGGCUACCUACCGAAAGAUCAACCAGUGGCAGAGUAGCUCGCGAGACAUGGUGGAGAGCUUCAAGCGGUACUAUCACAACUCGUUCCUUGACUCUCAACGUCAAGAAGCGUACAAUCUCUUCCUAGGAAACUAUAUCUUUACACAGGGCCAGCCUAUGCUUUGGGAUCUCACGACAGACUAUUACCUCCACCACGAAGAUCCACGCGCGUUGUUGAUCAAACCCAGAAGAGACUACAUACACUGGUACAGUCCGGACAAUCUUCGACCACGAGAACUUCCUGCUUCAACCGCACCUUGUAAGAAGCAACUCCAGCUGGCACAAGAGGGCGUCGCUUCCUAUGACGACUAUUGGCUGGAAUAUUACCGUCCGCUAGCGGUGACUUCCUUCCUCAAAGACACUACGCACCCGUCGCGUCACCGUGACGUCUCUCCCUUUGUCGUCCGCAAGAAGCAGCAUGAUCAGAGCUCCCCAGGAAAGAAGCCGCCGCGAAAAGGCUCCCGUAGAGACAGCAUCAUUUCUCGUCGCCGUAGAGACAUCCAUCUCAACAUCCCUGAAACCGGCUCACCCAUUAAACAAUCUAUCCUUCGAGAUAGGCAUUUUGAACCCUAUAUGCCAUCUUCGGCGCCGGCGGUCACUGGGACCUUCCCCUCCCUCACCAACUCGACCUCGACGGGCGUUUCCAGCUUCAGCAAGCCCUUCAAACCCGCCGACAAGUCGCUCAUACAUCAAUGGACACUUGCGCAGUUCCACGAAAACAGUCUCAAUCCUUCUGUUUCCGGAGCUGAGGAGGAUGAAUACAGUCGCUAUAUCGAGCACCCGCUUCACCUGCCGCUCGUCGUGAGCGGCGAGACGCCAAGCGCAGAUGAUCCCACUCGCGAUCCAGAAACAGCCUCCAUCCGGCCCUUGACCACCGACCUCCCCCCCCUCGACACCGAUACGUCCUCUAUCCGCUCUUUCAGCACGCGGCCCACCUCUGCCGCUGGCCACUCCAUAAACAUCCCCCUCUAUCCGCACCAACACCCGCACUAUCCACAUUCUGCCCAACAUCACCAUCAUCAUGACCUGCCAGCCUUCCACGCCGGUGCCGGUAACGGCAAGUUCCAGACCGCGGAAGAAGACAUCGAGGAGUUCGAAGAGUUUCUCAACGUCAAGGACAACCCGCUGGAUGUGGAGGAGCAGGAUGGCGGCAAGAAGAGGUACAAGGCGUACAGGCAGUGGUUGAGGGGCAAGAGCUUUUUCAAGCAGAGCAAGGUGGAUCCCGAGUGGCAGAAUCAGUUGCCCGUGAGGUAGGUAGUAGCUCUAGGUGCAAUUCAAGCAUGGGAGAGGUAGAUUGUCGUGUUGAGGAUUGGGAAAGAGUGGCUUACUGGAGGCUUUUGGCAGCGUUUUCAGCGAUGCGCUUCCGUGGUAAUAGGGUCAAGGGCUAUGCGAAAGUACAUACUGUACGUUAGGCUGGCCACAUCAUGAACUCGAGCAAGUAAUGCAUCACGAUAAUGAUAUCGAAUCGAGUUUCAUAUCUGAAAUUGAAUUUCGCAAAAGAGAAGCUACGGAACGGGUAUCUUGCAACCGAAAAACCAAGUAGCUGAGAUCAAGAUCGAUGCGAUUAUACACUAGGUAGCAUUCCUUAUCUCUCCGCGAUAUUAG